CGCGAGCUCGCAGCGAUCCCACUCUGGGUUUUGUGUCGAUUACUGUUUCCUCAGUUGACAAUCCGCACGCUAUUGAGCACUUGCCAAUACACACCACCGCACUUUUCCAAACGAUGCUCGCACCGACGCCGCCGACGAUGGAUUUGCUCAAGACGCCGAAAGUCGUCUCGCCCAUGGCUGUGGCCGACGAGAACGUCAACCAAGGCGCGUGGUCCAAGGAGGAGCACGAGCGGUUUUUGAUCGCGGUCCAGCUCUACCCCGAAGGCCCGUGGAAGGCGGUCGCCGAGAUCAUCCAGACGCGCAACGCCAAGCAGGCGCAGACCCACAUGCAGAAAUGCAAAGAGAAGCUCCAGCGCCGCUUCAAGCGCACCUCGAGCGCCGACUCGGACGACAUUGAGCCGUAUGUGAUCCACCGCUCCAAGCACUCGCAGAAUCUACGCAUCCCCGAGCUGCAGCCCAUCCCGUUCGACCACCGCCUCGCGAUGCCCGGGAGCUUGCUCAGCGACAGCUCCAUCUCGAUUGACGCCGCCCUCGAUUUUUUCCUGCAAGACAUGGCGACGGCGCCGUCGCCGUGACGCAACUCGUGCAGUUUCUCUCCUAUUAUUUUAUUGCUCAAGACGACGACGACCCAUCGGUAGCGCUCGGCGUCUGGUGCGCACGUAAUAUUCAACGUACCCUUCUUUACUUUCAUUCAAUAGAACUUGUGUCGACCCU